AUGAAUGAUAUAAAAUUAGCGAACUUUGAAAUCCCUUCAGAUUUAAUUAAACCUGCGGAUCCACUUGAUGACUCGGGAAGUAAAUGUCGUUUUAAGAAAAGCAUGUUUUUUAAUUCACCUGUGGCCGAAAAGGAAAUCGGAAAAUUCAAAAAAAAUGAUCAAAGACUUUGUGAUUUGGAAAACGAAGUCAAAUACAUUCAUAAAAUUUGUAAUUGUAGAUCUGUUCUUACAUUCUAUGGUUUUACUCGUCGAAACACAAGUUAUAGUGUUAUUUGGAAAUGGGGUGGUUAUAACCUACAAGAUUAUCUUGCAGAGAACCAGAACCUGGAAUGGACAAUAAGACUGUCGAUCGCACAAGGGAUUUCUAACGCGUUGAACUUUAUUCAUAAAGAAGAGAUCCUACACUAUGACAUUAGAAG